UGCUUUGCACUCGACAACCCGCCGCUGACGCCCGUCACCCAAUCAGUCGUUAUUUUAGACCAGUCUUGUUCGAACGUUACCCGUCGCAUCUCCGAUCGUACCCUUCAGAACAAUAUUAUUAUACUAUUGAAAACCGCCGAUCACGGGCGUGCAUAAUAAACAAUAACUGAAACACUCGUCGUAGACGUUCGUUUCGCCCUAUUCCAUUYCGAUAUUCUGUAUAUUCUCAGCCGAAAAUGGCAAACAACAGAGCCACCAAGUCUGGUUUCGCCGCCGAAGCACAACGCAAAAUCAACAGCAAAUACAGUGAAGAGCUAGCCCAGGAAUGUUUAGAGUGGGUGAGCAGCGUCACUGGUUUGCCAUUGAACACAUCUGGCGAUCCAGACAACUUUUUUGAAGUCCUUAAGGACGGACAAGUAUUGUGCCAAUUGGUAAACACUCUUAUUCCUGGAUCCGUUAAGAAAGUCAACACCAGCACGAUGGCUUUUAAGUGUAUGGAAAACAUCAAUAACUUUUUGGCUGUGGCUGUAUCAAUCGGCGUUCCUUCUCAAGAAACCUUCCAAUCUGUAGAUUUAUGGGAACGUCAGAAUUUGAACUCUGUGGUGAUUUGCUUGCAGUCAUUGGGUAGAAAGGCUGGUCAAUUCGGUGCUCCAAGUAUUGGACCGAAAGAAGCAGAGAAAAACAUUCGCAACUUCAGCGAAGACAAACUCAAAGCCGGCCAAACUAUUAUCAGUUUGCAAUAUGGAUCCAACAAGGGAGCAAAUCAAAGUGGUCUCAAUUUUGGAAACACAAGACAUAUGUAAAGGCUCGUCUUAUCUCCCAAAACGUUCCAUGCCCAAAUUAA